GUUCACCAGUUCUCUGAGGACCUUUGCUAAUUACCUGUUUGAUGUUUUUCCUCAAAGGCAAUAUCACUCUAAAAGACGAUGGGGCCCUUGUGCUGAUUUUGGCCCUUACUGGAUGAGAACAAAAGCCCCCACAUACUAAAAUAUUACCUUCUUCCAAAAGGAUAGUACGUUUUAACGUAAACUUUUUAAGCACAGCUUGACUGAUUAGUUUCUGUUUCUGUAAUUAAUGCCACAAGCAGGGUUAGUUCCAUUCGGGAAAGCUUACCCAAUAACUGGUUUUCCUAUUCCCUAUAUAAAACAGGAAGCAGCUUAAUUUUAAUCCUUUUAUCUGAAGUUCCGAAAUCCAUCCAAAUGGCGGUGGUCGUCCGUUGCUGCUGCCCAUCUUCGCGCCCAAUUUCGGGUGAGGCUUACAGGCAAUCUGGACAAUCUCCAGCACAAAUUUACGGCAGAGCUAAUGCUUCAGCAAAAGAUAGACUUGAGGAUGUGGUGCAUGUUGGUAUUGAAAAGAUUCUUAAGCCUGUGUUGGAAGUAGAACCAUUGUUGAAAUCAGAAAAUCUUGGUUUUCUUUCAUUUAGCACGGAGAAAUUCAUGUCGUUCUUCAGUGACUCAUCUGGUAAAAAUCAGAUGUUGCUUGAGACAAGCCUAUUAUUGUCAACCUGCCAGUCUAUGUAUCCAUGGCCUGAUGGUUCCCAAAUGGACAAGUUUAAGGGACCAUUAUGUAUUGGUCGAAGGCUGGAAGAUUAUGAUCAUUGUGCUGUGGAAUGCUUAUUCACUCAUCAGAGCAUGUUACCAUUCAAGUUGCCAGCAGUGACAUUUAUUCUAGCAAACAUCUUGAUGUUUACUAUACCUUUUAAAGCUUUAGCAGAAACAUGUGAAACUGAAAACUCUGUUUUCAGCAUGCCUCUGCUGCUCUCUGUUGCCCUUAUAGGGGCUACUGUUGGAGGAUUGCUUGCUCGGCAGAGGAGAGGAGAAUUGAAGCGGUUGAAUGAUCAGCUGCGCCAGAUCAAUGCAGCUCUGAGAAGGCAAGCAAAGAUAGAGUCCUAUGCCCCCAGUUUGAGUUAUGCUCCAGUUGGUAGUAGAAUUCCAGAGAAUGAAAUAAUCGUGGAUUCAAGAAAGGAGGAGCUGAUUUCACGUUUGAAAUCUGGGAAGAAUUUUUUCAGGAACCAAAAUCCAGAGAAGUCGUUUGUGGAGUUUAAGGCAGCUCUUGAGCUUGCACAGAAUAUGAAGGAUCCCAUUGAGGAGAAAAAAGCUGCUAGAGGCCUGGGGGCAUCUCUACAAAGGUUAGGGAAGUACCAGGAAGCAAUAAAAUACCAUUCUAUGGUUCUGGCGAUUUCUGAGCGAGAAGGAGAGGAUUGUGGCAACACAGAAGCUUAUGGUGCAAUUGCAGACUGUUAUACUGAGCUUGGGGAUCUUGAGCAAGCCGGAAAAUUCUAUGAUAAGUACAUUGAGAGGUUAGAAAUUGACUGAUUUUCCUUUGUCUCGCCUCUUGUCUCUGUUCUUCCAAUAUUAGUAGAGCUUUUAGUUUGGGUUAUAUGCCCAUAUGGCCAUACCUCUGCGGGAUAUUCCUUUUUUAUGGCAUUCUUUGUGAUAUUUACUCAUGAGUCAUUUUAUUUUAGGAAUCUUGCGAGUGUUGUGUUACUGUAGAUGUAACAUUAUGGCCUGUCAUUGGUUAAUAGAGCUUGUUUCAUGUGUAUUGUCUUUUA